AUGGCGUUGUCUGCGUAUGCUGUGACUGCUUACGAGCUUUUUUGCUCGCUCAGUCUUCUUUCCAAAGUGUUGGUUGUGGUCGGUGUACCAUUCGUCUAUAACUUAGUGUGGCAGUUCGUCUACUCACUUAGAAAGGACCGUGUGCCGCUUGUAUUCCACUGGAUCCCCUGGUUUGGUUCUGCUGUUCCUUACGGAAUGCAGCCUUAUGAAUUCUUCGAGGCUUGUCGUCUGAAGUACGGUGACGUGUUUGCUUUCAUGAUGUUGGGCAGAGUGAUGACUGUCUACUUGGGCCCUAAGGGCCAUGAGUUUGUUCUCAACUCCAAGCUCUCGGACGUUUCUGCCGAGGAUGCUUACGCUCACUUGACUACUCCCGUCUUCGGAAAGGGUGUCAUUUACGACUGCCCUAACCACCGUUUGAUGGACCAGAAGAAGUUCACUAAAACCGCUUUGACCAAGGAUCUGUUCAGACGUUAUGUUCCUCGUAUUCAGGAGGAGGUGCUUGACUACUUCAAGACCUCAUCAGAUUUCUCCAUGACUGAACGUAACUCCGGUGUUGCUAAUGUCAUGAAGACUCAGCCUGAGAUGACCAUUUUGACUGCCUCGAAGUCUUUGAUGGGUGACGACAUGAGAGCUAGAUUCGACACGUCGUUUGCCCAGUUGUACGCUGAUUUGGAUAAGGGAUUCACUCCAAUGAACUUCGUUUUCCCUCACUUGCCCUUGCCUUCCUAUAGAAGAAGAGAUGAAGCUCAACAGAAGAUUUCGGCUACUUACAUGUCCUUGAUCAAUGACAGAAGAAAGACUGGUGACAUUGUUGCUGACAGAGACUUGAUCGACUCUCUUAUGCUCAGCUCCACUUACAAGGACGGUGUCAAGAUGACUGACCAAGAAAUCGCCAAUUUGUUGAUUGGUGUCUUGAUGGGUGGUCAGCACACCUCUGCUGCCACCUCUGCGUGGUUCUUGUUGCACUUGGCUGAGAAGCCCGAGCUCCAGGAGGAAUUGUACACUGAAGUUCUCAAAGUGUUGGCCAACAAGGGUGGCUCAAUCACCGACUUGACUUAUGAAGACUUGCAGGAAAUGCCUUUGAUCAACAACACCAUCAAGGAGACCUUGCGUAUGCACAUGCCAAUUCACUCGAUUUUCAGAAAGGUUAUGAAGAACUUGGUUGUUCCAAACACCCUGUAUGUGGUUCCAAAGGGCCAUUACGUUUUGGUUUCUCCAGGUUACACUCACACUUCCGACAGAUGGUUCCCCAACCCAAACAGCUUUGACCCUCACAGAUGGGAUGCAGACGACUCGGCUGCUGCUGAAGCUGAGAAAGAUGACGGUAUUGACUACGGUUUCGGUAAAGUCACCAAGGGUGUUUCCUCUCCAUACUUGCCGUUUGGUGGAGGAAGACAUCGUUGUAUUGGUGAGCAGUUUGCCUACGUGCAGUUGGGUACGAUUUUGUCCACCUUCGUCUACAGCAUCAAGUGGCUGUAUGCUAAGGGUAGACACCUUCCACCAGUUGACUACCAAUCGAUGGUGACCUUGCCAGAGGCUCCUGCUGAAAUUGUUUGGGAGAAGAGAGAGACCUGUACGUUGUAA